CACGGGCCGGGCGGCACCAUGGCGGCGGCGGCGCCUGCUGCUGCGGCGGCUUCUCCCGAGGCGCCGGCGACGAGUGGGACGGCUGAGCCCGAGGCCGGGGACGAGGACAGUCGCGAGGUCCGAGUGCUGCAGAGCCUGCGGGGCAAGAUCUGUGAAGCAAAAAAUUUAUUGCCAUAUCUUGGACCCAACAAAAUGAGAGAUUGUUUCUGCACCAUAAAUUUGGACCAGGAAGAAGUUUAUCGUACCCAAGUUGUUGAAAAGUCUUUAAGCCCAUUUUUCAGUGAAGAAUUUUACUUUGAGAUUCCAAGAACUUUCCAGUAUUUGUCUUUCUAUGUUUAUGAUAAGAAUGUUUUACAAAGAGACCUUCGUAUAGGAAAAGUAGCCAUCAAAAAAGAAGACUUAUGUAACCACAGUGGCAAAGAAACUUGGUUUUUACUACAGCCUGUUGACUCCAAUUCAGAGGUUCAGGGUAAAGUUCACCUUGAAUUAAAACUGAAUGAACUGAUAACAGAGAAUGGAACUGUGUGCCAGCAGCUUGUUGUACACAUCGUGUCAUGUCACGGGUUGCCUCUCAUAAAUGGACAAAGCUGUGACCCUUAUGCAACAGUUUCUCUAGUGGGCCCUUCUAGGAAUGACCAAAAGAAGACAAAAGUAAAGAAGAAAACAAGCAAUCCGCAGUUUAAUGAAAUCUUUUAUUUUGAGGUAACAAGAUCCAGUAGUUAUACCAGAAAGUCCCAAUUCCAGGUAGAAGAGGAGGACAUCGAAAAGCUAGAAAUUAGGAUCGACUUGUGGAACAAUGGAAACCUGGUCCAGGAUAUUUUCCUAGGGGAGAUUAAGGUUCCUGUGAAUGUGUUAAGAAAUGAUUCCUCUCAUCAAGCCUGGUACUUGCUACAACCAAGAGACAAUGGAAACAAGUCAUCUAAAACUGAUGAUCUGGGGUCUCUUAGAUUAAAUAUAUGUUAUACAGAAGACUACGUACUUCCUUCAGAGUACUAUGGUCCUUUGAAAACUUUGCUGCUAAAGUCACCAGAUGUUCAGCCGAUAUCUGCCUCAGCUGCUUACAUUUUGGGUGAAAUUUGUCGAGAUAAAAAUGACGCUGUUUUGCCCCUUGUCCGACUGCUGCUGCAUCACGAUAAACUUGUUCCUUUUGCCACUGCAGUGGCUGAAUUAGACUUGAAGGAUACACAAGAUGCAAAUACAAUUUUUAGAGGAAAUUCCUUGGCUACCCGAUGUCUGGAUGAGAUGAUGAAAAUAGUGGGAGGGCACUACCUGAAAGUAACAUUAAAACCUAUUCUAGAUGAGAUAUGUGAAUCCUCAAAAUCCUGUGAAAUUGAUCCUAUUAAAUUGAAAGAGGGAGAUAAUGUAGAAAACAAUAAGGAGAAUCUGCGCUACUAUGUAGACAAGUUAUUCAGUACGAUUGUAAAAUCAAGUAUGAGCUGCCCCACUGUAAUGUGUGAUACCUUUUAUUCCCUAAGGCAAAUGGCUACUCAGCGAUUUCCUAAUGACCCUCAUGUUCAGUAUUCUGCAGUGAGCAGCUUUGUAUUUCUUCGUUUCUUUGCUGUAGCCGUAGUAUCACCUCAUACUUUUCAUUUGCGACCUCAUCAUCCAGAUGCACAGACAAUUAGAACAUUAACUCUCAUCUCAAAAACCAUUCAAACAUUGGGAAGCUGGGGAAGUCUGUCCAAAAGCAAGUCAAGUUUCAAAGAGACAUUCAUGUGUGAAUUUUUCAAAAUGUUUCAAGAAGAACGAUAUAUUAUAGCAGUUAAAAAGUUCUUGGAUGAAAUUUCAUCAACUGAAACUAAAGAGUCCAGUGGUACGAGUGAGCCUGUGCACCUGAAAGAAGGUGAGAUGUAUAAAAGAGCUCAGGGAAGAACUCGGAUUGGGAAAAAGAAUUUCAAGAAACGGUGGUUCUGCUUAACAAGCAGAGAGCUCACCUACCACAAACAGCCAGGUAGCAAAGAUGCAAUUUAUACAAUUCCAGUGAAAAACAUUCUUGCUGUAGAAAAACUGGAAGAGAGCUCUUUCAACAAGAAAAAUGGAAAAUCCAAUUGUAGGAAAAACAUCUUAGAGUGUGACCAGUUGAUUCAGAAGAACUGGAAAAUACUGUUUUUGUUGGAGUUUUUCAAUUCAUCAUGUAUUUUGUUCUUAGUAUUUAAGAAUGAACAUUGGCUUCAGUGUCACCUGCAUUCACGUUGUAUUUAAUAUUUAAUAAUUGAAAGUAACUGGGAAUCCUGGUAUUGAUGCAUUACUAGAGAAUUUGAAAUUCAAGAUUCCCUUCAUAUCUUACGUGUCAAAAGCCAUGCGUCUGCAACUUGUUUUUAAUAGAAAGAAUCUUCCUAAAGAAGCUUUGUAACAAAAGAACUCCUCCAUAGCAAGCAACCAUCUCUUCUUGUAACACUCCAUGUUCUGUGGACUUUCACUACCAUUAGUGCCUGCUCUAUACUGCCAGUGUUGUGUUUUACUAGAGAAUCCCAAUCCAUGACAAUUCAGAGCUUUCCAUUUAGUUCAUCUAGACCCUCCCUCUUCAAAAAAGAAAAAAAAAAGAGAUUUUUCCUUUUGUCUGUUAGUCAUUACAGAUUACAUUAGGGACUUUAGAAAACUGCCAGAGCAUCCUUGAAGGUUGGUGGAUCCUUUUGCCUAUUUAAAGAUGUAAACAGAACCCAGACAGGAGGAAUCAGAGAACAUAUACUGUUUUGUGCAUCUUGUUUACAUUUGGGAUGAGUGAUGGCAGAUGAAAUACAAUGAGAUCACUAAAUUUUUGUUGUUGUUUUAAAUAUCAGGUACUCAUUUUCUUGAUUUGAGAGUUCGAGUUAAUAUGACUUGUAAGGACGUCUCUUCUGAAAAAGAAGAGACAGGAAACGGUGAAAGAUGGUGGUAGGAAAAUCCCUUGACUUCACCUGUUACUCCGCAUUAUUAUCAUAAGGGCCACCACCAGGACACCCUCCUCCUAGUGUGAGGUUGGGAGCUAACUCGAGAACAGUCACUCGGCGCACUUUAAUAAUCUGGGCUGCCCCAGAUUAUACUUUAGAUACUCUGUGGUAUCUAAUCUUUAUGAUCAGUUGAAUGAUCAGUGUUUAAGUCUAGAAAUAGUGCUUUCCUGAAAAUGUUUAUAUUUCAUUGCUGUUUUCUUAUUGCCUGCUAGCCAAAAGGAGUGUGGGCAAGCAACUGUUUUAAUUCUGUUUUUCCGUAAUGAUUUACUUUUAUCCUAAAAACCAUAAUUGUAUAUAAGCAUUCGAAGCAAGUUGCUUCCUUGAAGUUAAGAGGGAUACAAAUUGCUUCAUCAGUAUUAAAAACCAUGGUACUCUUAUUCUGUCUUUUUAAAUUUAAAUCAUUUUCUAAAUGUGGUACCUUGAACCUUGGAGUAUUUACAUAUUUCUGUUUAAAACUGUGACUUAUCAAUGUAAGUCUAGCUAGUAGUGCUUUUUUUGUUUUCCUGAGCAUAAGCUAAACUUCAGGAUAUACUUUGCCAGUUACGUUAUUGGUGAGUAGUUGUUUUUAAAUUAUAUUAUUACUAGGGAAUUUUUUUAAAGACCAUUGGCACACAAUCAAAGUUGUUCCAUAAAUGAUUAUAACUGACCAAUGUAUUUCUCUAAAUGACUUGUUAAAAUCAUUUGGUUUUAUUUAAGAAUCAGUCCUAGUCUCCAUUAUGGUAGGUUUAUUCCUGGCCCAUUUUAAAGACAAAUUUGAAAGAUUCCUUUAAAUUUUAUGAGCUUGUAUAUUCCAUAAAUUACACUGAUUUAUCAAUGUGAAAGAAUUUAACCAUUUAAUAAAUUUCUCAUUGUUGAAUUUCAUUCAGAUUGAAAUGUCCUUUUAAGAGUCUCUGAGAUGUCUACCUGAAAAGGACAUGUGAGCAUUGCCAAUUACCACUUGUUACUCUCCAGUGGCUGUUUUAGCCGUCUGCUAGUUCUUCAAGGCAAAAGAAAUAUUUUUUUAAUAUUUCUGAUAUCAAAUCCCCUAUUAUGGUGGUUUUUAAAGAUUAUGGCAUUAUCAAAGGGACCAAGGCUGUGUGUGAAUACAUGACUCUGAAUUUGAAGGGAAGAGUUCAGUCAUAUAGUUAUUUUUUUCACAGGACACUUUUAAACACCCUGUUUGACUGGAAUUAACCGGUUUGGCACAGCCUAAACAGAAGUAAUGUGAAAUUAAAUUAAUUUUCUUUAAAGUCUUCUGAAAAAAAAGACCAUGUCAGUAGGAUCUUAGGAUAACCUAGGUACUUGCUUCCAAGGGCCUCAUCCCUCUGUUGUUACUUAGGAGUACUUUGGUUUCUGCUAUGUGAUGUGCUUUCUCUGCCUUUUCCACACUUGAAAACUACAUGGCAGCUCACUUCACCCUAAAAACCUGAAAACGCCUAGAAGGACAGAAAAGGAUGAUUUGGAAAAACCCUUGCCAUAAAUGCCAGUUCUGGUUCUUAGUUUAGCCAUUUUCAUCAGUUGCGAUUUUGGCCAUCUGUUGUUAUUGUUUGUUCUGGGGUUUUUUUAGUUUGGUUUUUUAAUAGUCAUUUAGUAAGAUGAUGGCAAUAGCAAAGUUUUUUACUCCCAGGAAUAUUAAUGUAUCAAGUUGAAUGAUUUUAUUUGCCAAAGAAGUAUGUUUUAAUAUCACGGGUAAUGGCUAAGUGUCAAAACUAGGUUUUCCCUUAUCAUAAAAGAAAAGUGAUGAAUGAUGUGGCUUUUGUUUGUUUCUGAAGCCUGAUUUCAUUCAUAGACUCAUUAGUGCCAGGUUUUAGAGAACAGACUUUUUUCUUUUUUUUUUUUUUUUUUUUUUUUUUUUUUUUUUUUUUUUUUUUUUAGUAAAAGCACCUUUAAUUUGUUCUAACGGUACAUCCUGUAAUGACAAUGCUACAAAGCCUUUUAGGUGUCCUUACAGUAUGUGAAAAAUACAGGACUCAUUCUAGAGUUAAAUUACCUGUCAUGACUGAUGUUAUUGGCUUCCAUUUUUAUUAACUUGGAAAUUAAUAUGUUGCUAGUAAAUAUUGGUUUUUACAGUGUCCAGUUUGAAAAUAUAAGUUAUCAAAACUUAAUGUAGUGAAUUUGUGUAACCAUGUUGUAUUGUUGAGAAUGUAUUUUUAUUUAAAUUUUAUUUUCUUAUCAAGAGUAUUAAUAAAAAUUAAAAACUUU